CCCGCCGCCGCCGCCGCCCAGGACGCGCUCAGCCCGGAGCCGGCGCCCACGCCGGAGCUGCCCGAAGAGUACGCGUACCCGGACUACCGCGGGAAGGGCUGCGUGGACGAGAGCGGCUUCGUGUACGCGAUCGGGGAGAAGUUCGCGCCGGGCCCCUCGGCCUGCCCGUGCCUGUGCACCGAGGAGGGGCCUCUGUGCGCGCAGCCCGAGUGCCCGCGGCUGCACCCGCGCUGCAUCCACGUCGACACCAGCCAGUGCUGCCCGCAGUGCAAGGAGCGGAAGAAGUACUGCGAGUUCCGGGGCCAGACCUACCAGACUUUGGAGGAGUUUGUGGUGUCCCCCUGCGAGAGGUGUCGCUGUGAGGCCAGCGGGGAGGUGCUGUGCACGGUGUCAGCGUGUCCCCAGACGGAGUGCGUGGACCCUGUGUACGAGCCCGACCAGUGCUGCCCCAUCUGCAAAAACGGCCCAAACUGCUUUGCCGAAACUGCUGUCAUCCCGGCCGGCAGGGAGGUGAAGACCGACGAGUGCACCAUCUGCCACUGCACCUACGAGGAGGGCACCUGGAGGAUCGAGCGGCAGGCCAUGUGCACCCGACAUGAGUGCCGGCAGAUGUAGGCGCCCGGCCCGCACCCUCGCCCUUCUAAACGCUGUUCUGACCGAGGUUCUAGACGACUCUGGGAACUAUCGCCCGAGGGAGAAGAUUUUGAUAAGGAACCGUGGAAAAUGGUUGGUACUUUUUCUUUUCUUGGUGACAGCUGCUGCAAGGGAAGGCAGUGGAUGUGUUUCAAAACGUCAACCAGGACUUUGGGCAUAAAAGUCCCUCUCUAAAUAAAUGUGCUAUUUUCACAGUAAGUACACUAUUAUAUAAUAAAUGUAUUUCUAUAAUCCCUCUAUUAGAGAGCUUAUAUAAAUGUUUUCUAUAGAUACAGAUUAAACAUGCUGUGUUGUCACCCGUCCUCCCUGUGUAGCUGCAUAUCUUUGUCACUCUGACUGCUGCUGGGGACACUGUCACAGGGGAUACUGCACCUGGUCGUGGAUCGUAAGAUGAAGGACUAAUUUCUACCAAACCCCUCCCUAGGUUCUGUUUACUUACAGACAUUUCCCCAGUGUUUAUCCUCAGAAAGUGCAGCCCAAUUCACCCAAUUUAUGAAUUCAGCCCAAUUCAUAAAUAACUUCCUUCUUAUAAUAACAUACAGCUUCUGUCCGCUCGCUCUGUUACUUGGGAGUCCAGUGGCCCUUGCACUUUUUCACUGACACGCACUUUUUCAGUUUUACAGAGCUCCUAUAUUGUGGAACAACAUCAACACAUACAUUGUAUAUUUCAUUUUCAUUUAUCUACCUUCUCUUCUUAAGCAUAACUUUAUUCCCUAAACUGAGGAAUAGGUAGGCCGGGAAAUUAGCAUUAUUGUUCCAUCAAACUGAAGUGUGUCAUAAAGUAGGAAGAAAGUCUUUUGUGUCUCUGGAGGAGCCUUAAGGAAAACUGAACUCCCAAACAUGUUUACACCAGAAGCCUAACUAUGCCAUGGGCAGCAGAUCUCAGUUCAGCACAGUCACCUUAGUAACUGGGAUGAAGCAUCUGUCCUCUCUCACAUACCCAGGAAGAUCCUGGUUGAUAACCCUGGCUCCAUCGCUGUGGAGAGCAGAACAAAAGCAGGUCCUCUGUCCAGCAGCAUUAAAACAAACCAAGCUGAAGACCAAGGGUAUUCUAUAGCCUUUCCGCAGCACAUGUAACCCACGCCAGCUUCUUUUCUCUUCACGUGAACAGGGAACAAAAAAGAGGCCACUGCAAAUGUGUAUUGGAGAACAGUUCCACUUUUAGGGAUCCCAUCAACAAAGAGAUAGUGAAAGAAGCAGUCAGGGUAUUAAUAGAUGUGAGGUGAAAAAAUCAGAAUUAUAGUAACUAUUUGAGGUCCUCUUCACCUUCCAGAAUUUAUUCAAAUUUAUUCCCAAAGUUUGAGUUAACCAUUUACUAAGUAUAAAGUAUUGUAAAGCACCUUUGGUCUCUUGUAUAACAGAAAUAAGACAUCCUAGUAUAUUUUAUUAGGAGCUAAAAUUAGGAGCCAUGAAAUUUCAGUAAGAAAGACUCCUUAAAAAAUGUGCCCACUAUUUUUUAUAUUAAAAAAUUCAAGGGGCUGGGGAUUUAGCUUAGCGGCAUAGC